AUGAAGCAUUAUCGAAAGAAAAGUUCGAAGUCUCACAAAGAUGAAAGUUCAAAUUUUGAUACAAGAGUAUUGAUAGAUUUCAUGAAGCUGUCAAAGAAUGGUGAUGCUACUCAAGAACUAUUGAACAAUAAGACAACCAAUUCAUCUAUUUCGGACUCAAAAGAUGAUGAUAGGAAGAAUGCAAAUGUGAAAGAAAGAAAGACUUUUUCUUGCAACUAUUGUAAGAAAGAGUUUUUUACCUCACAAGCUUUGGGAGGACACCAAAACGCACACAAACAAGAACGGGCUAUGACAAAACGUGUCGAAGGUUUUGAUGUUAGUGGGUUAGAACACUUUCCUUAUUACUCUUAUUAUUCAAGUUUAUAUAACUCUCUUCAUCCCUUUUAUGGAAAAUCCUAUAAUGGGACACUUGGAGUCAGAAAAGACUCCAUGAUUCAGAAGCUUUCUUGGACUCCAAGAUAUGAACAUUCAUUGUUUAAAAGAGAUCAUGAAAAGUCAAUAUUUGAUGGAUUCACAAUUAUGAAAAGUGAUUAUCCAAUUGUAGAGAGUGACCAUGAUGACAAAACCACUCUUCAAACACUCUCUCUUUUUCCGAAUGAUGCUAGCACUUCAUCAAACCAACUACGAAAGACGACAAUGGUUGCAACAACUUCCGAGGAGACAUCUUGCAAUCUUGAUUUGUCGCUCAAUCUUUAUAUGUAG